CUGCAGCUGGUAGCGGGAAAUCGAAACUCAAGCUGUUAAAACCGCUGCCCCUGCCCUUCGGAAUCGCAUCUUGGACUCGCCAAGAGUCCCAGCCCGCAUCCCUCCCGCAGUGGGCGCCCGGGACCCGCGGACUCAGAGCUAUGUUCACCCGCACUCGGGUGGUGGGCUCCGGGCUCGGCGCCUCUCCCGCCCCCCGUCCGGCCCAGGACCCCCCUGGGCGGCACCCGGAGCCAGGAAGGCUGCAAGGUCCCAGACGUGGGCUGGAGGCGGCGCCCCAGAGCCCUGCGCAGGAGAGCCCCGGGCUCGCGGGUCAGUGGCUCCCAGGCGCAUAUACUGUGAUAGCACCAAAUGAAAACCGAAGAAAUCAGAUACAGAGGAUUGCUGAGCAAGAGCUACAGAGUCUUGAGAAAUGGAAGGAGCAACAUGGAGCGAAGCCCGUUAACCUGGAGCCCAGGCGGUUAGGUGGAAGCCAAUCAGAGGCUGAAGUCAGGCAGAAACAACAACUCCAACUGAUGCAAUCUAAAUACCAGCAAAAGCUAAAAAGAGAAGAAUCUGUAAGAAUCAAGAAGGAAGCGGAAGAAGCCAAAAUGCAAAAAAUGAAGGCAAUUCAGAGAGAGAAGAGCAAUAAACUAGAGGAGAAAAAAAGACUUCAAGAAAACCUCAGAAGAGAAGCAUUUAGAGAGCACCAGCAAUACAAAACUGCUGAGUUCCUGAGCAGACUGGACGCAGAGUUGCCAGACAGAAGUACCCGUCAAAUUGCUCUUCGUGUCCCACAGUCUUCAGCUUGGGCCAGAAGCCAGGCUUAUAAGGAUUCUUUAAAGGAAGAAGAAAAUAAAAAAUUGCAAAAGAAGAAGGAGGAACAACAUCAGAAGAGUGAAUUACUGGAAUUUAACCGACAACAACAGGAGGAAGAAAGAACCAAAACCCACCAAGCUGAACACAGGAGGGUAAAUAAUAUUUUUCUGGACCGGCUCCAAGGCAAAAGUCAACCAGGUGGCUUUGAGCACGUUGGAGGCCAUUGGAAUAUGAAUAGUGGUAACAGCUGGGAUGUAUGAGAAAUACUUACAUCUGUCCUUUGUCAACUGAUCUUGAAGAACCUCACUUGAUGAUUUUCCUUAACGCUCCUUUGUUUAUCCUCACGGUUUUUACCUUGAUUUCAAUUGCCCACCCACUUCUCUGAACAACUGGGGAUGACCGGUUUUUCCCUGUCAUUUAUGCAUGUUUGUAGGAGCUGAUUGCUGAGCUCAUAUUUAAUUUCUACUGCCAUUGGAAUGUUACACUAUUUCUCUCAUUGGUUUCACAUCUUAUUGGAAGCCUAAUUACAGCAAUGUUAGUAAGAUGAAAAAGGAGGGAAUCAUUUGAUAUUUUCAGGUGUGCAAGACCUAUGGGUGCUGCAUGCUUGUCUCUCAAAGCAGCUAAUUCUUAUGUAAGUCUCAGAUCACAGUUGGGGAAGCUUUUUUUUAAAUUUUAAGCUCUACUUAAUCUGGGGUACAAACCUGAGCAAAAGAAAAAAUCUUUUAUACUCUUUUAAAUGCAUUUAUGAAUAAAUUUUGAAAUACUUCUGUA